GGUAAGUGCCUUUUGAUGACGUUUCACUUUCGCGUUGAAAAGAACAUUCCGGUCACAAAAUGAACCAAAAGUGGGCUGUUGUGGUGUUUAUUGUGGCAUUUGGGGCCUUCUUGAGGGCCACAGUGUCUCUGCAUUCGUAUUCGGGCUCCGGAAAGCCCCCUAUGUUUGGAGAUUUUGAGGCACAGAGGCAUUGGCAGGAGAUCACGGUGAAUCUCCCGGUGAAGGAUUGGUACAGGAAUACCACGGACAAUGAUCUGCUGUACUGGGGCUUGGAUUAUCCUCCCUUAACAGCUUACCACAGUUGGGCAUGUGGGAAGAUUGCUGAACUUGUGGAUCCGGCAUUUGUCAGCCUUCACAGUUCUCGUGGCAUUUCCAGUGAUUCUCAUAAACUCUUCAUGAGACUCACAGUUCUGCUUGCGGAUCUGCUCAUCUACCUUCCGGCUGUCUUCUGGGGCUGUUCAGCUGUCUGGAAGCGCAUUCAGCUCACAAAGACCUCAGCCAGUUGGAAAAUACUCCAUUUAUUCCUGGCCAUGAGCUUUCCCGGACAGAUUCUCAUUGACAAUGGCCAUUUCCAGUACAAUAAUAUCUCUCUGGGAUUCACAAUUUGGGCAAUCGUAUCCUUACUUCACGAUCACAUCUUCCUGGCUUCGUUUCUCUUUACACUUGCCCUGAAUUACAAGCAAAUGUCUCUGUACCAUGCUCUUCCAUUUUUCUUCUAUCUCCUGGCCAAAUGUGUGCCUGGACAAAGAAAUAAGCUCAGUUUUGGUGAGGCACUGAAAAGGCUCCUGGGAAUUGCAGGAGUAGUAGUAGCUACUUUCUUUGUUCUGUGGCUUCCGUGGAUAACAAAUCUGGAAGAUUUACUGCAGAUCCUCAGGAGGAUUUUCCCGAUUUAUCGUGGACUUUUUGAGGAUAAAGUAGCCAAUUUCUGGUGCACUUUCAAUGCCAUCUUCAAGUUCAAGGAUGCAAUUCCGAAGGAGAAAAUGGCCAUUUACUGCCUUACAGCAACCAUUGCAUCUGUCCUCCCCAGUUCAAUCAAUCUCUUUAUCAAUUCAUCCAAAAAGAAUUUCCUUCUAUCCUUAAUUAAUGCAUCUCUUGGAUUUUUCCUCUUUUCCUUCCAAGUCCAUGAGAAAUCAAUCCUUUUAGUAACUCUCCCAGUUAUUCUUGCCUUUCCUCUCGAUCCAGUGAUGUGUAUCUGGUUGCUGGAGAUUGCCACCUUUAGCAUGUUCCCUCUGCUGCAAAAAGAUGGACUUUUUGUUGCAUUUUUGGGGCUUCAAGGCAUCUUUUUGCUGAGCAUAAGGCUGUUCCACUUGCUGGGAUCAAAGUUGGAGAAAAGAAAUAUGGAUUUCUUACUUUUGGGGCACUUUAAUCUUUCCCGGAAGACAAGUUGGAAAGAUACAUUGACCUUAUGGGGAUUCUAUUUGUCCCUAACAGGACAAAUAUCCCUUCUAAUUGGACAAGAAUUCAGCAAACCACCUGAGAAUCUUCCAUAUCUCUAUCCCUACUUAAUAUCUGCCUUCAGUGGUUUGCAUUUUAUGGCAUUUUUCUUAUAUUUUAAUGUUAAACAAUUGUUUUCGCUGUAAAUAAAAGCUUUUUUUGGGAUAAAA